ACGGUGCGGUGGUUACGGACGGAUUCAGGUUGUGCUUGGUCUCUCCUCCGAAUCGUGGCUCCGCUUCGUAGUUCGCGUCCCGUGGCGCCGCUCGCACUGGCUCACAGCGGUGAUGAUGGUGCUGAUAUACCGGGUGGCGCCAAUUCACUCCACUAUCCGCUGAUAUCCGCAUGCUAAACAACGUCGUCUCAAAAUUGUAGACGAUAUUUUUCGUUUGAUCUACUAUAAGACGUCGGAAUUCCGAUUGAAAAUGGCAGAUGAUCCGAAUCGUGACAUCUUGCCUGUAAAGGAAGGCUCCUGCGUGGACACGGUUAUCAGUGCUAUAGAUCCUAGAGAACGUCAUCUCGUUUGCAAACUCGAUCGCUAUCAACUGGAGGAUAAGUAUCUACGUUUACUUGAUGAAAUGAGCAAUCUGAAGAAAUUAUCCAACUGUCAAGAGGAUAAGAUCAAGCGGCUCGGAACGAAGCUGAUUAGACUGGCUGGUAGUCCAAGAUUGUGUGGAUUAACAUUAGAUAUCGUCAAUGAUAGGAAUAGAAUGGCUGCUCUCGAGCUUGAAAAUACCAAGCUGAAAGAGAAAAUCACUGUGAUGAGGAAUCAAUUGUUGAGUCACACGAUGAGCGGCAGGUCGUCGUCGCGCAGCCGUAAUCGCGUUAGACCAUCGUCUUCCGGGAUUGUGACGUGUCGAAGCGAGAAUAAUCGCGUGAGAACGCCAUGCUGUCAGUGCAUCGUCGGGGCAGGGGAUGAUGACGGGAUGCGAAAUUACUUCGUUAAAAUCGAGAAAUUGGAGGCGCAGAAGAAAGACAUGACAAGUCGUAUAAUAGAAUUGGAGAAAGAACUGGCAUAUUUAACCAAUAAUCGAAAAGAGAAAGUAGCGGAACAUGUAGAAUAUAUACGGGUGUGGCGACAAAUGAAGCAAUUAAACGAUAAAUUAAUGGCAACCCAGGAGAAAAAUACUGAACUGACUACCGAAAUUAAUGACUUGAAGACAACUCUUCAACUAAUGACGAAAAAUAAUCAGGAAAUAGCGGCUGUUCUUUCCUCUUUGCAUACGCAAGAUAAAAAUCAGGACUUUACAAUAACGGUACCAUCGGAUGUGGAACAAUGUAAAAAGUGUUGCGAAAUGUACGAUAAAAUUAUGCAACUGGAAAAAACUGUAGGUAAUACUAGAGAAGAUUGGCAAUCGGCAGAUAAAUCAGUACAGACAAUCGUCUUGUCUACUAGCACAAGGGAACAGGAUACAAUGAUAAUUUCAAAUAAUGAAGAUAAGAUAUUAUCUCAAUCGCUAUUGAACGAAUGGAAGACAAAUCAGGAAGCGAAUGGCACGAGUGUUAUAUCCCGAGAAAAAAUAUUAAAAUUGUUAGAUCAAGCACAAAUUAACACUCCUUUGGAUGCAUCAAGGAUCACUCCUAAGAAAGAAUGCACGGGCAAGUGCAUUUUGGACGUAGCUCAGAAGCACAGUGAAGAAAUAUCUUGUCAGCGCGAUAUAUUAAGCGCUAUGCAGGAGAAUUUACAGAAAAGAUUCGCAUAUUUGGAAAAUUCAAAUAUAACACUAGAUCAAAUACUUUUGAUUUUAUUCGACGUUAUGCAAGAAUUCUUAUUUACUAACGUUGAUGGAAAAUCAUGUUUGGAUCAUCAAGUAUCUGCGAUCGAAGAUCCGUUAAUUGACGUUAACAACAAUCUUCCUACAAAAACUAUUCGCGACAUUAAUCAACAUGAUUUUAAUACAGAAGCCACGAAAGAUUUCGAAUCUGAUCGUUGUACGAGCUGUUCUCUUAAAUCGACUGCCUUUUACUCCAAGAAAUGCAAUUUUGCAUGCAAAAAAAAAUCUGCAUCCAUCUUAGCGAGUUCAUCAAUGAAAGACAUAUUUGAUGCUAUUUCCUCUCCUCUAGCUUACAGAAAAUCAUAUCGAGAUAUUAGUAAAGAUUUUUGCCCAGAAAAGAUGGUAAAGAUAAAAAGAUUAAAAUCGCCCCGUUAUACCAAAUGUAAUUUAACGUGUCACUUGCGCAAAGUGAAAGAUCCACUGUCCCUGCAGGAGAAGCGAAAAUUACCUUGCACAAUCGAGUGUUUGAAUGACAGUAUAAUGUUACCAAUGUGUCCAAUGGAUCCUUUAUUAAUUACUGACAGGCAAGGUCUCAUUGAGAUUCACAUUUCGCGAUUGCAACUUUCUACAUCGCGCAAUGAAAAGGAUGCGAUAAUCAUAGAAAUAGUGAGUAUGCAAUUUUUCGACGACAGUUGCGUGAUGCAGGACGAUCAGAUACAUUUACUUUACGUAGAAUAUUCUUUCCUCGAGAAACGUGGCGAAGAUAUGGAGACCAUUUCCAUGAAAAAACCAAAAACAAGUGCUCAAGAAAUGGUCUUCAAUUAUAAGAAAAAAUUUUGGAUAAAUGAAAUAACACAUCCCGUGCAAAGACAAAAUUUGCGCGCCAUGUUAGCCGAAGACAUAAGUCCGAAUAUCAAUUUUACUGUUAUUAGUGAACCAUUACCCGAGGAAAGGGAAGUUAAAGAUUGCGAGGAAGUGGGUUAUGCAACUUUUGAUAUAAAACAAUAUGCGCUUGGUGAUGAGAGAAAAUAUAUAUUAUUGCCGAUCAAAGAUAAUCAAAAUAGAGAAAUUGGGACACUGAAGAUCUCUGUGUCUAGUAUGAAUGCUAUUCAACAAUGUUUACCAAAAUUAAGAUAG